AUGACCUUCAACUACACAUAACUAAAGCUUACAUAGAAUAAUUUUUGCGGAUAUUCGAAAUCUCGAACUCUUACACAUUUCUGAUAUUAAUGUUUAUCUUAUUUGAAAAUUUAUUCUACACAUUUUAGGAAUUUUCUAAAUCAUAUAUUCUACUUCAUUUUACCUUCUAAUCCAUUAAUCAAGCCAUCAAAAUAUUUAAGAUUUUCGUAUAAUCAAUUUAAAUAAACAAUUUUUAUUUUAUCAAUCAUUUCUACACUUCAUUAACAUAUAUGAAUGAGUAAAUAUAUUUACUCUUGCUGUUGGCCAUACUGCAUCGAAUAUACCGGAUCCCAUCCGAACUCCGAAGUCAAGCGGUGCUAGGCCCGGAUAGUACUGGGGUGGGGGACCGCCCGGGAACACCUUUGGGUGUCAACAGCCCUUUUUAUCAUAUUUUAAAUUUUAAAUUAUUUAUUAUAAUUUAUAUUUUUAAAUUAUGUAUAAAUCCGAGGAUAUUAUUUUCCCUCCCUCGUUUAUCAGGUCCGUCAUUGAUAAAACAGCUGAGUUCGUUGCAAAAAAUGGAGAACAAUUCGUAUCUAAGCUUAGAUUAGACCAAUCGAAUUCUUCUUUAAAUGAUAACAUUAAAUUUAACUUUUUGGAGCCAGGAAACGCCUAUCACUUGUAUUAUAAACUAAAAUUAUCUGAACUUCAGGGGAAUAAAGUUGCCGACCUUAAUCCGUCGAUUCCCCAAGCAAUAUUAGAUAAAAGAGAAAAAUUAGAGUUAAAAACUAAACACAAGGAGAGGUUACUGGCCCUAUCGGAUUUUAGGCACUCCUCGGAAUCAGUACAGAAGCCUGAAGAUGACUUAUUCUCAUUCACUAUGCCAUUCAUAUCAGCCUUAGACUACGAGGUUAUAAAGAAUACAGCAUUGUUUGUUGCUAGAAAUGGGCACAAAUUUCUUGUCGACUUAAAUAAAAGGGAGAAAAACAACCCCCAAUACGAUUUCUUAAACCCAUCACACUACCUAUUCACAUUUUUUAGUAAUCUCACAGAUUCUUACACAAAGUGCUUGCUACCGCCAAGAUCACAAAUAGAUAAACUAAACCAAAUAAGUAAAAAUAAACUGUUUUACCUACAACUAUGUCAAAAACGAGCUGAUUGGGAUGCACGUGAAGCUGAAAAGCUGGAAUCGGAACAAAUGAGAAAGCAGGAGGAAAAGUUGGAGAUGAUGUCCCUGGACUGGUAUUCCUUUUUUAUCGCCGAAACAAUUAAAUUCAACGAGAACGAUGAUGAUUUGCCUGCACCUAUAGACUUCUCUGACCCCGAGGCUUUAUUAAGGUUUUCCUACAACUCACUUUUUGGAACCAAAACUGACGUGACCGUUCAAGAAACUAAUAUCGUGAAUGAUAUUGAGGAAAUUGAGAACAAAAUCGAUAUGUCAGAGCAGCUGGUUACUACACAAGUAUUAACGGAACGCGAAGAAGCACCGCCAGAACCUGAACCUGAAGACUCAACUCAACCAUCAAAGUUCUCUGAUCCUCCUUCAAAUGUUCCUAUAAGGGAUGACACCAGGAUUGUUCAGGAGGGAGAUGAAACAAUCAAGGUUAAAAAGGCUUACUCUAGGACCAGAAAGCAAGCAGGACAAGUUAUGCAUAAGUGCCCUAUCACAGGGCAGCUUGUUCCAGCAUCCGAGAUGUCUGAGCACUUGAGAAUCGUACUGCUGGAUCCGAAGUGGAAGGAAGAGAAGGAUAAAUUCAUGCAAAAAGCCAUGGCCGAAUCUGCCCUGGCACCUCAGGAGGACGUCGGAAACAAUCUCAUAAAGUUUGUAACUAGCCGCCCAGACCUAUUCGGUUCCACAGACGAAGAGGUAAAAGAGCACAAAGAAUCAAACUAUUAUUCCAAAGACACCAAGCGCAAGAAAUUGUAAAUGUAAAAUGUGUUGUAAAUAAGUGUACUCGACUACAUUAAUUUGUUAUUUACACUCUGUUCAA